AACUUAACCUCUAUAUAUAUAACGAGAGUCUCCAAUCUCAAGUUGUCACUCAUCAGAAAUAUAGCCAUCUUCUCCAAUAUGGAUUUCCCUUCUUAUUUUCAGAGUAUGAACUCGAUCAGAUCCCCUUUAUUAAUGGACAAAUCUGUUUGUAGUAUGGAUCUGUGGAACUCAAUUCAAAAGCAGAGUGACGUUUCUUUGAUUCUUGCUAAACACCUAUUCUUCAGCAAGUUUAAAGAAGACAACGAGUCCAAAAACGCAAACAUGGUAUUUUCACCGCUCUCCAUUCAAUUAGUUCUGGCCCUAAUUGCUGCUGGCUCCAAAGGCCCGACCUUGGACCAACUGUUGUCUUUCCUCAAGCUCAACUCCAUUGAAGAAGUUAAUUCUCUUUAUUCUUGGAUCGUCUCUAAUUCCCUUGUCGAUGGCAGCCCUAUGGGAGGUCCUCGUUUGUCUGUUGCUAAUGGGGCUUGGAUUGACCAAUCUCUGUCUUUUAAGCAUUCUUUCAAACAGAUUAUGGACAAUGUUUAUAAGGCUGCUUCCAAUUCUGUUGAUUUUCAGAACAAGGCUGAAGAGGUUCGUAAUGAAGUCAAUAAGUGGGCUAAAGAGGAAACAUAUGGUCUAAUCGAGGAGAUUCUUCCUCAAGAUUCAGUCAAAAGCGAUACAGUCCUCAUCUUAGCCAAUGCAUUAUAUUUCAAAGGAGUAUGGAAUGAGAAGUUAAAUGCUUCAGAUACAAAAGACGAGGAGUUUCAUCUCCUCAAUGGAGGAUCAGUUCAAGCACCUUUCAUGACCAGCCGAAAAUGGCAAUACGUAAAGGCCUUUAAUGGUUUUAAAGUGCUAAAGCGUCCUUAUAAACAGGGCGAGGACAUGCGAUGUCUCAGCAUGUAUAUAUAUCUCCCAAAUGCCCGUGUCGGAUUACCAGCUUUACUGGAGAAAAUUAGUUCAGAACCUGGAUUCUUAAAUCGACAUAUUCCAUUAGAAAAAGUUAGAGUGCGCAAGUUUCUUAUCCCCAAAUUCAAAAUAACUUUUGGGUUUGAAGCUUCGAACCUUCUAACAGGACUUGGUCUCACACAUCCUUUCUAUGGUGAUGGUCUCGCUGAGAUAGUGGACGAUAUUUACCCUCUGUUUGUAACAAAAGUUUUUCACAAGUCGUUUAUUGAAGUUAAUGAGGAAGGUACAGAAGCUGCAGCUGUUACUGCCGCUACAAUGUUAUUAGGGUGCUCAAGGAUGAUGAUUAAAGAGGAGACGAUAGAUUUUGUUGCUGAUCAUCCCUUCUUGUUCCUUGUGAAAGAUGAUGCUACUGGUGUUGUUUUGUUCAUAGGGACUGUGUUGAAUCCUCUUAAUCAAUUUUAGUUAGUUACAUAGAUGUUAGUGCUUUCAAUUUAUGGCAAAGACACAAGUUGUGUCUCAGUUUGUUUAUAAUGCAAGUUCAAGUUCUUUAAUUUCGUCACUUGUUAUACUUAGUAUA